UGGCUGCUCUACAACAGUUCACUGGCUGUUGGGAUCUGUUGUUUCACUGCCACAUUUUGUGAAAGAGGUGUAAUCUGAAUGUGAAAUUACAGCGAGAAACACAUCUUACAUAGAAAUUCAACCGUUAUUUACAGCGUACAUACUGUAUGUUUUCAGAAUAUGUUGAAAUUUAGAAUCAAAUAGAAAUGAAUCUUUAUGUAUGGUUCAUAUAGAGAUGAAGACUGAAAGUUUCAGCGAUAUUUUGAUCUUGUUCAUGUUCGUCAUUAACUCUGAUGGUUUCCUGCUACACGGCUCUGCUGGUCCUCUAACAGCCCGGCUGGGAGGAGCUGUACUGCUGCCCUGCUUUGUGGACAGACCCCUGCCUUUGGAGGAGCUGGAGGUGGACUGGAGAAGGACUGAUUCAGACACCAUCGUGCACCUAUUCCAGGGGGGUCAGAGCAGACCUGAAUCACAGGGGGACGCCUACAGGGGCAGAGCCCACUUCUUCUCUCAGGAAAUCCCCAAAGGCAACUUCUCUCUGCUGCUUGACGGUGUGAGGACUGCAGAUGCAGGAGUGUACAAGUGUGUGGUUUAUACAGAGCAGGAGCAACGUGAAACACGGGUGGAAAUACAGGAAGUAGAGCGGCUGGUGGUGACGGGUGCAGAUGAGCCUGUCUAUGCACAUGCUGGAGAGGAUGUGACUCUCAGCUGCUCUGUGGACACCCAUGUUAAUGUGACAGAGCUUCACGUGGAAUGGAGAAAGACAGACGAUGACGGUGACAUCUUGGUGCUUCUGUAUACUGAUGGAGGGAACAGACCAGAGUCACAGGAUGGGAGAUACUCUGGAAGAGCUGAAUUCUUCACAGAGGAAAUUCCUAAAGGAAACUUCUCAAUGAAACUGAGGAAAGUCAGGAUGGAAGACAAAGGAGAGUUCAGGUGUGAAGUCCACUCAGAUACUGAUUCUGCCAAUACAACUGCCAGGAUAGCAGCACUGGGUUAUUCAUCCCUGCAUUGGCUGAUUCUGGGGCUGUGCAUCGCUGUCACACCUGUAGUCCUACUUACUGGUGCUUUAUCUGUCAGGCAUUUAAGAAGGGAAGGUGAAAGCAGACAGGCUCUGUUAAGUCACUGGUCACAUGUCACAGUCCCACCAAUCAUGGUUUCCUCAGCAUUCAUCCUGUGGGGUAUAACUGAAGGAUCCACUGAAGAGGCCGUUACUUGUGCUGUCAUCAGUCUGCUAAACAUCUUGGUGUUAUUUAAAAUGGACCCAGAUCGAUUAUCUCCAGAUAUAUCAUGGAGAAUUAAGCAUCUGGCUCGGACAGUAGGAAGCAACAUCAUGAUCAUAGUUUUAUGCAUUGUUCCUGUCAUUAAAUUUUUGGCAAAAUAUUCCGCAAGCACAGCUGGCAAAGUAACACUAGGAGUCUUUGUAGGUGGAUUUGUACUUAAGAUGGUCUUUAUGGCUUCUAUGCAAUUUUUUGACUUUUGGUUUUGGUUUCACUUAACACUAGAGAGACUGAAGAAAAUACUUUGGGUCGCAUCUUUGUUUCUGAUAAUCAUGAUUUUAGUUGCAAUUGGUCUUGCUGUGUUUCUUGCUAUAUCUUUCUCUGAUAGAGAAGGAAUAGCAGAAAUUGGAUCUUUUUUAACUAUCUUUAUAGUUCCGACGAUCGUGUUCUUAAUCCCAUUUGUUGGGUUCGGGAUAUUGCUGAUUCAUUACUUAAGGAGUGCUGAAGCAGCAAGAAUGCGACAAUUUUUUAGCUUCUUUCAUUUAUUCCGCAGUUUAAACGUGAUGUUUAACAUACUGAUACUUACUCUUUAUGUCCAUAUUAUUGCCUCGAUGCAACGCACAUUUUUACUGGGAUAUUUCAUCCCGAUUACAGUAGCUUCUUUGGGAAUGGGGGCAUGUAUUUUUGCCAAAGUAUUUCUGCACUCAUUCAGACAUUUCUAUCUGGCUCAGAAAAUCCUUUUGGGGAUUUUAAUCACAGUUCAUCUAAUAUUAAGUUUCUUGUAUUUAACUGUGAUUCUGGAAAAUGACAAAGGACGACCUGAAAAAAUGUGCGAAUUUGUAUUCAUCUAUAUCCUGACUGUCACAAACAAUGAUGACUGGAAUCGGGAUGAACACCGUGCCAAACCCCAUAAAUAUGUAUAUUUCUCAGGGGCUUUUGCUCUCCCUCUCCUGAAUUCUGUUUCUCUGGCUGUAGCAUUAAAACUCAAAGCAGACACAGGAAAACAGCCAUUCGAUCUACGGCUGAUUGUCCUGAUUUCUGGGUCUGUCUUCAUCUUUGGCUGGUUUGUCGCACAGAUGUCUGCAUACUAUUUGUCCAGAAAAGGAAUAAUAAAAGAAGCAUUCACCCAGAUCAAUGAUCCUGAGCUAGACCAGAAGCCUGAGCUGAUACAGGAUCGGCUGUGGCUCCUGCAACAUGCUGACGAGUGCCAGCAGCUUAAGGAGAGCUACAGGGAAUCGUGGUCGUGCUCCAGGCCCCAGUGCCGCACCAUGAGGAGGGUCCUGAAGCACAUGGACAGCUGCCAGGCCGGUACAUCCUGCCAGGUGAAGCACUGUGCUUCCUCCUGCCAGAUCAUCUCACACUGGGAGAACUGCACACAGGAUGACUGUCCUAUUUGCCUGCCACUGCAAAACGAGGGCUACUUGUGGCGGUACAACACGGUUACCUUGUUGUUGGGAUCACAUGGUAAUCAGGAGAAGGCAGAAUGGUCAUCUGUCUUUGAAUCAGUCCCAGUGGAGCUGCACUUUUGCAGGGAUCACAUGACAAUAAGGAAAUGGAGGCAUCAUCACCUGCUGAUCACAAUGAACCAAAGACUGAGGAGGUUACAGGGAAAGAAGCGCUGAAAUCUGAAGCAUCCUAAUCAGAAUUUGCAGUUUUUAGAUUGUCUGCAGUCUCAAGCUUCCAAAUGUGUUGCAUAAAAAAAAUGGUCAAAUAAUCAGUCACCAGAGUAUCAGUGAUCUGUUACAGUUCAUUUUAUUUUAUGGAAUAUUAUUUAGCACUAUAUAACAUAGAAUAUAAGUAUUAUGAUAUUAUUUAAACAGUAUGCCAAAUAUCUAUGACAUAGUCAUUACAUUGUAAACAUUAUAAUGUAAUCAACACAAUGUAAUCGACUGAGUAUGUAUUUGCACCUUGUAUUAGCCUAAGAGUUUUUGUUAGCUACCUUAUGUUAGCCCUAAAUGCAUGAAUAUCCACCUAUAUUAGUGUUAUACCUUAUCACUAUGUUAAAGGACAACUAUAUUGUCAACCCUCUUGUUAGACAAUGUACAACAGGCUGAAGCUGCCAAGGUUACUACUGAAGGAAGGGAUUCGCCUGAGUUCACCAGAAGUACAUGGCUGAGCAUUUUUAAAAAGCCAAGUGAAGAUGUUGCUCAAAUGACGAGAUAUUGUUGAAUGAUAAGAACUUGCAUAAAAAUUGGUGUGAAACAGUAUUGGACACACUCCUGCACGGUGUCCAGCCUUGGUUGUAACCUCGAUGUUGCAGUAAAGACUGAAUCUGAAGAUCUACACAAGUGGCUCCUGACUCCUGAUUGGGGGGAAAAGAAAAAACCACAACAAUUUGAAAUGAACUUGAAAGAUUUUUCCGGAUAGCAGAUGUAGCAAAUGUAUCUGCAGAGACAUACUGGGAAGGACCAGUAACCCAUGAUAACCUUCCAGGCUUUUGUAAAUAUGUGUAUGUCAUUUUCUCACCUUUGCUGUGUUUACGGUGUUAAAAUGUACAUUAUAGCUGUAUAUCUGUAACUAUUCUGAAUAAAUCCUCACUGCUUUUUAUUUGCCAGUG